AUUCCCUACAAUGCCAUCGAAACUUAAAAGUGAUAGCGCACGGAAACAUUCUAUAUUCACGACUUAAAUUGUUAUAAUCGCGUAGUUCUAAUUUGGCCCAAAUACACUUUAGUGCUUGUAACCAUCAAUUUCGUAUAGGACGCAUUGUGAAUUGAGCAACAUGCUACCUUUUGCAGUGUUAGUGCUAAUAGCAUUUAAAGUUCCAACAGCACUCGGACUAGUAUGUCUCAAGUGUGACCUCGUCCCGAGCAUACGUGAUUGCCCAUACAUCGAAACGUGUGGAUCACACGAGGUAUGCUAUUUAGAAGGAUAUAUUUCGAAUAACGGGCGCGCGUUAUAUCAAGGCGGAUGCAGGGAACGUCAAAAAUGCUCCAGCGUCACGGCUGUUGGAAAACGGACCAAUGCCGUGUUUUGUUCCCAGUGCUGCGACUACAACUGGUGCCAGGCCUCACUUUGUGGGGGCACAGGAUAUCCUCCCGACCGAGGUACUAUGUGUUACGCUUGUCCAGAGGGAUUGUUACAAGAAAAUGAUUGCGACAAAAUUAUAGAGGCAUCACGUGAUCAGGUCUGUACAGAAACACUGAAAAUGUCAGCCCAAGGUACUAUGAUUCAUGGUACUAGCCUUAUGGAGAAAACCGCAUGUGACAGAGCACUAGCAGCACUAGGAACUCUAGCUGCGGGAUUUCACAUAGGCGUCACCAACGACACGUGUUUCAACUGUUGUAGCGGUGACCUGUGUAAUUACAGGUGCAUUCCAGCGACACCUAUUGUGCAAGUGUGUAAGGACACCUCAACUCCUGAAACAUGCAAGUUGGCAGCUGCCUUCAUCUGUGGCGAUAAGACAAUGGCUACUAACGCAGGAUGUUUACACUACUGUGGUUUAUGUUAACCUCUGAUAUCCACAAAUACACAACUGCAAGGCUAA